AUGGAGCUCCAUAGUGGGGUAAAGGAACCGGCUAGCUCCCCUGGUGAACCAGAGCUCCAGCUCAUGACCAUAGGUAUGAGUGCUACUGCCCGUAAGCGUAAGGAGGAGGUUGCUCAGGCCCUGAAGAAACUGAUCCAGGCCAAGGGAAAGACACCUGCCAUGAAAUACCAGCAGCUGCUCGAUGACCUCAGAGGACAGUCUGAAACUGCGAUCACCAGGGAGCUGUUCGAUGAGGCGCUCCGAGCCCUAGCUGACGAGGAUUACUUAACAGUCACUGGAAAGACCGUUCGUCUCCUCGCCUAAGGCACACCCUGCAAUUAUGUACAGUACUUAACUUGAAAUUCCAU